AUGGGGUCUAAUGAAAUUGGAACUGGCAUUGAAAUUAAUUAUGAGGAUCAAAAACAGAUAAAUAAAUUCAGUUCUUUGUUAUAUUAUAAAACGGCCCUAACUACAAAAUAUAAUAAUUUAAAAGAGAAGUUACAGACAUAUCAGGAUGCUACAGAAGAGGUCACAUUAUCUAUGGAUUCUGAUAAAUUAUUGUUAAAAAUAGGUGAAUCUUUCUUUUUAGCUACCGAAGAUGAGGUAAUGAAAGUAAUUGAGGAAUACAAAGAUGAAACAAUAUCAAAAGUUAUGGAGUUAUCAGAUAAGCUUUCUAAUAUUGAGACAGAAAUGUCUCGACUUAAAACAGAUCUAUAUGCUAAGUUUGGCUCAAAUAUUAAUUUAGAUGAGUAA